UCAAUCCGUUGACUGGCUCUUUGCCCUACAACCAGCAUAACCAUCUGAUCUCACCCUCGCUUCGGCUUUUAGAUUUUUCUGAUUCUUUUACGUUUUCUCCGUAGCGAAUCGAAUUCGAAGGGCUUUUCGUUCUUCAGAAAAUUUCAGCUCAAUUCUGCUGGUUCUUCGAAUUCUUUGUCACUCUUUUCCCCGUUUUUCUGCUUAUAUCACUUCGACGCUUUCGCUAUUUUUUAUAAUGGGAAAUUAGAUUGAUUUGACUGCGGUUGUUCGACGUAGCUUACAUAAUGGCUGAAGAGGUGGAGUAUCGCUGCUUUAUUGGUGGCCUUUCAUGGUCAACGUCUGACAGAAGCCUGAAAGAAGCGUUUGAAAAGUUUGGCCAUCUUCUCGAGGCCAAGGUAGUUGUUGACAAGUUUUCUGGACGUUCCCGUGGUUUUGGCUUCGUCACUUUUGAUGAGAAAAAAGCUAUGGAUGAGGCAAUCAAAGCCAUGAAUGGAAUGGAUUUAGAUGGCCGGAGUAUUACUGUUGAUAAGGCUCAGCCAAACCAAGGUUCAGGUAGAGAUCAUGAUGGCGAUCGUCCACGUGGUCGUGAUCAUGAUCGUGAUCGAAAUCGAGAUUUUGGCGGUGGACGUGGAUCUAACAGUGGAGAUUGUUUUAAAUGUGGGAAGCCUGGACAUUUUGCUCGGGAGUGUCCUAGUGAAGGUGGUAGAGGAGGUAGGUAUGGUGGUAGGGAUGACAAAUAUAGUAGUGGUGGUGGUGGCAGUGGUCGUUAUGGUCCUGAUCGAAAUGGAGAUCGAUUUGGCGGGCGCAAUAGGAGUAGUGGUGAUCGAGGAGGUUCAGGAAGCGAUCGACAUAAUCGUGACCGGUCUGGGCCAUAUGAGCGACGCAGUUCUGGUGGUUUUCGUUCUUGAUAGAACUGUGACUUUUCUGUGAAGCUUACAUGGUGGGAUCUUGCUGUUACGCCCUGCAGAGUGUUAAUGUUUCUUUCUACAGGUUGUCUCUCUUACAGUUCAGAGUUCUGAAGUGCAGAACUUGGCAUUAAUAUUAAGAUGUGUGUGUUCCUAUGUGAUGAAUUUGGUAUCUUGGUACAGUGGUGUAUGUGUUCUUGACAUAUUCAUUCAAAUCUGGUUUUGUGGUCUUUGAAUGCCAUUGUAGCUGCUGGAUUACUUGUGACACGUACACAGGCAAUUGCAAUAACUGCUGCACCAUUUCAUUUUGAAAAUUUGCUUUUAGAUUACAACUAGACCUGGUUUUUGAUGUUGGAUGGGUUUGAGAGGACCUGGUUUUUGAUAA